CAACAAGUCCCCGUGGUUUGCUGCGUAUGGUAUAUUAACCACCGCAGGGCUGAUUUUAAUUAGAGUUUACUUACUGUUUACCUUCACCGUGAAGGCAUUUUAAAACAACGUGAAUGUCUCGACGUUGCCUGGAACUUAAAAUCUGACUUAGCUUACUUAGCUGACAAGCAUUAAAUUAUGAACAGUGUCCUGACUAUUUUGUAGAAGUUCAUAUCACUGCGUAAACUCCGUCUCAUCGUCUUCCAGCGACCUUAUCCCCACUGGACGCAGCUGUGGACGGCAGCAUGUUUUCCGCGGACUCGUCCUGGAACAUCUCUUUCGCAGGCUGCGGCUUUCUCGGCAUUUACCACAUCGGCGUGGCCAGCUGUCUGCAGGAGCAGGCUCCCUUUCUGGUCCAAAAUGCCAGGCACAUAUACGGUGCAUCAGCUGGAGCCCUCACCGCCACUGCUCUGGUCACUGGAGUAUGUCUCGGAGAGGCUGGUGCGAGCAUAAUUGAGGUUGCCAAAGAGGCUAGAAAGCGAGUCCUCGGGCCGAUGCAUCCCUCCUUUAACCUGGUGAAGACUGUGCGAUACAUGCUGCGACGCACUCUGCCGGCUGAUUGUCACCAUCAUGCCAGUGGGCGACUGGGAAUCUCUCUCACCCGAGUUACAGAUGGAGAAAACGUCCUGGUGUCCCAAUUCAACAACAAGGAGGAGGUGGUGCAGGCAUGUGUCUGCAGUGCGUACAUCCCAGUGUACUGUGGCAUCAUUCCUCCUACACUGCAAGGAGUACGAUAUGUCGAUGGAGGAAUCUCAGACAACUUGCCCCAGUACGAUGUGAAAAACACCAUCACGGUGUCUCCAUUUUCGGGAGAGAGUGACAUCUGCCCCCGAGACACCUCGACCAACAUACACGAGCUUCGCUUCACCAACACAAGCAUCCAGUUCACUCUCAAAAAUGUCUACAGAGUCUCCAGAGCACUUUUCCCUCCAGAUCCAAUGGCAAUGAAGGCCAUGUGUAAACAGGGAUACACAGAUGCAUUGGAUUUUUUAAAGAGAAAUGGAUUGCUUAAUCGCCACCAGAUUCAUGCAGGCAGACCACUGCUAGCUAACAGAGAAGAAAAUGAGGAACUCAAUGAAGAGGAGGAUGCAAAUACAAGUGAAGACAAAGAAAAGUCGCAGGUGGAAGAAAGAGCAUUGGAGGUUUAUGCCAGCACCUCAGAUGAGGAGCAGAUCAUUGACUACCUUCCUCCCGCUCUGCACAAAGCUCUGGUUGAAGCCUGCAUGGAGAAGAGGAGCCUGGCACAGUCACUAGGCAACCUGCUUCCUGUCAGGAUGGCCUCAACCAUGAUGCUGCCCUACACUCUCACUCUGGAGUCUGCUAUGUCCUUGACUCUCAGACUUUUUGAGUGGCUGCCAGAUGUGCAGGAAGAUGUGGUGUGGAUUCAAGAACAGCUACUGAAAAUCUUACAGUGUUUUCUUCGCCAGACCUCCAGAAGCUUGUCCCGCAGUGUAUCUGCCAGGUUGUUCUGCCAACUGGAGCUGCACCACUACAAGUCCAUCCCAUCCCACUUCAGUUCCCCAAAUCUGCUUCCCACUUGGGUGAAUGGGAGCAGUUCUUCAGUCAAGGAUGUCUUCAUGCGUCUUGAAAACUACAAGAGACAGCUGCUCUCAGACGUGCUCUGUAUCAACAUGGAUGUGCAAGGCUCCUUCAAAACCGGAGUGAUGUCACGAGAUAACAGCCCUCCUUCUGACCUUUCCUCCGACCUUUCCUCUGAAGGUCUCACAAUGCACACAGGUUGUCUUAAUGGGGGACCAACAGUAGUUCCUGAUAACUGAUAGAAAAACAUCAUCAGAUUUUAAUAGCGGUUUUCUCCCUCGUGAUUAGAUAUUUUAAGCUGCCUCAAGAUAUUUUGAAUAUAAUCAUCCCCAUUUUUUAGUGGUUGGAAAUGAUAAUCAUUUACCAUAUUUACACUUAACAGUGUAUUAAAUACCUUUGGACCAGUGCAUGACACUGAGCUGAGUUUUUAACUAAACUAUUGUAAGUCCAUAGACAUAUCAUGAUUGUAUGUCUACAGAAUGCAUUUAAACUUAGCACAUGUGCUCAGACUACAGCCUUGAAUUACAGGAUGUUGGAAGCACUUGAGCACAAAUGUGCACUUGAGGGGGGCACGGUUAAAAUAGGGGAGUGUUUAUGUUUUUAGUGGAGUGCUGUCAGACCAGUAGUUAAUCAGAGUUUUCCUUCUGUAUCCGGUCAUGAGCUUUAACUGUAAUACAGAAGGGAAAAUAACUGAUGAAUGAACCAGUCUGUUAAGCACAAGCACCUACUCCAUUUAUGUGAUGCAAGUGUCAGUGCAUAGUGUGAACAAUUAUUUAUAUGAAAAAUACAAGGCUACUUUUCUUUUUCCAAAUUGCUUGUGUUUUUGAUCAUCUUGAUUUAUUUAGAUGUAAGUUGACCCCUUUUUUAAAUAAUUUUAAAUAUGUAGUGUUGAAUAUCGAUUGAUUUGAUUUGUUGCUACAUGUUUACUGCAUAUGUAGUAAAUCAAAAAUGUGAUUUUUUUUUUUAACUAAUCAAAGAGUCCCUUCAUCUGAAUUGCACUUUUUCUUCUUAGCUAAUAACCUACCUGUUAAAAUUCUGUGUGCUCUAUUAAACUGUGUGAUCUAUCCCCAUGUUGUGCCUUAACCUUCAAUAAAAUAAUUGCCAAGUGAAUGCAAUAUGUUGUAAAAAUGUUUAUUUAUGUGAUUGUGAAAUAAACCAACAGUGGUCAAUA